AUGUCAGAUGAGGAGAGAGGAAUGCCUUGGUCAAAGUUCAGUAGUAUUCCAAAUAAAUUGUGGCAGUUUUUUUCGCGAAAUUUGGAUACCAAAGACGAAGUUGUUAUUGAGAAUGAACAUGCGGAUGAUUCCAAUACUAGUGGUUGGCAGCGAUUGAAAAAUGUAUAUUUUAAUAAAGAUGUACAUUUUGAGACGAGUAUAUUGAUGCCAUGUGUAGAAUGGACAUUUAUUGGUACAGUAUUCUUCACAGGUCCUCUAGGAUGGCAGAGAGCUGCUGACCGUUAUAAUCGUUACGCGAGGGGUCGAAUAUUUCUUAGUCCACGUGACGCACUGAGGCGUAAAUGGGAUUAUGCAUUUACAUCAUUUCUGCGCUUGGGAGCAAUUAACGGUACUCUAGCAUCAUUAUAUGUUGGAUGUAUGGUAGCAGCGAUCACACAUGUUGCAGCAUGGCGCGGCCAUUUUUCACUUUGGACUAUUCCCAUUAUAACAACUUCAGUGUCAUCUGUAGUUGCAUGUCCACUAGGUGUGCGAAAAAUGGUGCAAGCAGCAAGUCUUGGGUUAACGUGCGGGCUGACUCUAUCGUUGAUCAUGUUUAGCGUAUCAUACUUUUCCGCUCAAACAGUAGAUGACACAUAUCAACAAUUCAAACGAGAAUAUGAGUUGAUAUUAAGAGCUGAACGAGUUAAAGACGAAAAUAUCAAAAUAUAUCAAAAAGAACAUAAAAUUUGGUCUAGAAAUUUGGCAAAACUUCUGAUGGAUAAGGAUAAAGAGCUAGAAAGUGAAAAUUCUGAAAUUCCCUCCAAAUAA